AUGGACACUAAUUUCGUUAAUAUCUAUAAAUUGAUUGAAAGUAAACCACAAAAUGCGGCCAUUUUUACCGAAAAGGAUUUUGAGGUCUACAGAGCCGUGAAAAACAAAAUCCUUCAGACAAUUGCCAUUCAUUUUGGUGUUUCUCCCAAACACUUGUACUUAACUGAUCCGACAUUCUUCUCGCGCCUGACCUCUGCCGCGGCUCAAACCAAACACGACGAGUAUUGGCACAAACAUGUGGACAAACAGACCUAUAAGUCCUUUCAUUACACGUCGUUAUUGUAUUUGACGACAUUUGGCUCAGACUUUACGGGCGGGCGUUUCAUCUUUGCCGACAAAGAGUUGAACAAAAGUAUAGCAAUUGAACCCAAGUUGGGUCGAGUGUCGGCCUUCACGUCGGGCUCAGAGAACGAGCACUUCGUGGAGCGGGUGUCCACCGGAACCCGAUAUGCCAUUACUGUCUCAUUCACUUGCGAUCCAAAGCACGCCAUCAGUGACCCUAAGAUGGGUCACAAAUUUUCACGUCGGGCUCAGAGAACGAGCACUUCGUGGAGCGGGUGUCCACCGGAACCCGAUAUGCCAUUACUGUCUCAUUCACUUGCGAUCCAAAGCACGCCAUCAGUGACCCUAAGAUGGGUCACAAAUAGUGAUUUCAUCCAUAGUGUUAUUAAUUGA